CUUUCAAAGUUGAAACCCAUCUCCAAUAACCAGAACAAGACUAACAAAGGGUUACAGUGAUGUAUCUAUAUAUAAAUACAUCAUGAUUCAUGAGCAUGACUCUCAUAAGCACUACUCUGCACAUUAGAUCUCAAUAUAUCAAGCCUCGUCAUCAAAUGGCUUCUCUUCUUUUACACAUUCAUGGUCAUGGCAAAGCCUUGAGCACCCUCUUCUUUCUUCUCUUCAUCUACCAUUCCAUUGCCAUAGAAACUCUCACUUACAAGCAAAUCAAGGCCAACUGUGGCACCACCAAAUACGUAGACAACAGCCCCUUCUCCACCAACCUCAACUCCCUCUUAUCCACCCUCAAAAACAAAUCCUCAUCGUCCAUUUCCAUCAAUGAAACAGCCGGCGAGGCUCCGGCCACUGUCUUCGGCCUCUACUUCUGCACUGGUGACCUCCCACAAGCCAACUGCCAAGCCUGCAUUCAAACUGCCAUUAAUGACAUCACUGCUAACUGCCCAAGCUCAAAACAAGCCAUCAUAUGGUAUGAUUACUGUGAGCUACGUUACUCUGAUACCAACUUCUUUGGAGACCCAGACAAUAAUGGCUUCUCGAUGAUCAAUGAUAAAGAGAACACCACUUCAAAAAGGCCAGUGGAAGUGGUAUCCCAAUUGGUGAAAGAUGCUCCACUAGCCCAUCCUCUCAUGUUCAAGUCCCAAGCUUUGAUACCUGAAAGUUUGUAUGCUCUGGCUCAGUGUUCUUCAGACUUAACCAGACAAGGAUGUAGUGAUUGCUUGACUACCAUCUUGGCAAGCAUCAAGUCUUGUUGCACAACUGCUAAGGGAUGGAGGUAUUUAGCUCCUAGCUGUUGGAUAAGAUAUGAGGCCACACCUUUCCUUCAGAAUCUCAAUACCACAAGCAUAGAGAUCACUCGGAGCUUUUGUUCAAGCAAUGACUUCCCAGCGUCUAAUGGCCUGAAUGCUGCCACACAGCUUGAGAACCUUCUGUCAAGCUUAACUGAACAAGCUCCAGCACAAAAGGGCUUCUACAACACAAGUGAAGGAGAGGACAUGAACAAGAUCUAUGGCUUAGCACUUUGCAGAGGAGAUCUACAAAACAAAAUGGAUGAUUGCAAGAGCUGCCUCAAGGAUGCAAGUAAAAGCAUUGUAGAAGACUGUCCAAACAAAGCACAAGCGAUUGAAUGGUAUGAAAAGUGCUUUGUUAGAUACUCAAACCAGAACUUCUUUGGAAUAGUGGAUACCAAUGGUGCUCAGGCACUCUGUGGCACAGGAAAAAUCAGUCCAACAGCGGAUAACUCGGUGGAGGCACUAACAAUGUCUCUGAUCAGUGAUGCAAUCAAUUCUCCGAUGCUUUUCAGGGCUGUACAAAAUUUGUCUAACUAUAUUUUAGUGCAAUGCACUCGUGAUCUUAGUCAGGAAAGUUGCAGAGAAUGUCUGCAAGCAGGAAUGAGUAAGGUUUCAAAUGAAUGCAAGCAAGCCAAUGGGUGGCGCUAUCUGUCAGGAAGCUGUACGUUGAGGUAUGAGGAGUACCCUUUCUUUAAUUCGACUUUGAUAUCGCCUUCCCCUCCGACAAGUGCAUCUCUUUCUCCAGUCACUCCAGAGAAGGAUGGUGCAGCUGGCAACAAGGCAUCAACAAUCAGUUUGGCAGCUGUUGUCACAAGUGUUCUAGCAGUAAUCAUCCUGUAAUUCCCUUUCUAGUGAUUUAUGGUGAGAUUCAAAAUAGCUGGGAAGUUUUCAUUGUAUUCCUUACUUUUGGAUUUAUGUUUUGCAUAGUUUUUGUUUCCUAUGAGCUUUUCUCAACGUUUGUAGUUUCAUUCUGUCUCUUCAAUCUAAGGUCGUAUUUGUUUGGUUCUGCA